GCUGAUACUAGGUUUGCUUCGGUGGUUGUAACAUUGAAAAGGUUGAAGUUGAUAAAAAGAUGCCUUCAAGCCAUGGCUAUUAGUGACCAAUGGGCUUCUUAUAGGGAGGAUGACGUUGGAAAAGCUCAAAAGGUGAAAGAUAUGAUUCUAAGUGAUCUUUGGUGGGAUAAUAUUGAUUAUAUCCUUGAAUUCACGGCACCCAUUUAUGAUAUGCUACGAAUAGCCGACACAGAUAAGCCUUGUCUUCAUCUUGUGUAUGAGAUGUGGGAUUCCAUGAUAGAGAAGGUGAAAGCAGUGAUAUAUCGACAUGAAGGCUUGGAAGAUGAUCAAUAUAGCUCAUUUUGGGUUGUGGUGUAUGAUAUACUCAUUGAUCGGUGGACUAAAAAUUCUACACCACUACAUUGCUUGGCUCAUUCCUUAAAUCCUAAGUAUUAUUCCAUUGAAUGGAUUUCGGAGAAUCCAAAACGCAUCCCUCCACAUCGGGAUCAUGAAAUUUCUAUGGAAAGAAGCAAGUGUUUGGAGCGAUACUUUGAAGAUGAGAAUGACUUAACGGUGGUGAAGUAUGAGUUUGCUAAAUUUUCAGGAGGGAGGUUUCCUUCACCAAGUGCCUUGACGGAUAGGUGGACCUUACUACCGUUGGUUUGGUGGCAAUACCAUGGCUCCGCAUUUCCAACUCUUCAAACCCUUGCCCUUAAACUUCUUGGACAACCUUGCUCAUCCUCAUGUGCUGAGAGAAAUUGGAGCACGUACAAAUUCAUUCAUUCCUUAAAAAGAAACAAAAUGGCUCCUGCACGCGCUGAGGAUUUGGUAUAUGUGCAUUCUAAUCUUCGACUCUUGUCAAGGCGCAAUGAAGAGUACAUACAUACCGCAACAAAGAUGUGGGAUAUUGCGGGAGACUCUUGGAAUGAGAGCGACAUGCAUGGAGGAGCUGGAAUUCUUGAGAAUGCAGCUCUUACACUUGAUGAGCCAGAGUUGGAGGCUAUAGUUAUUGGGAAUGUUAACACUAGUGCUACUACUAGUGAAAGUGAAGUUCGAAGUGAAGCUAUUGAUCUUGAGGAUGAUGAUAUUUGUGUUUGAUUGUUUUGUUGAUUAUCUUUUAUUUUGUUUUAGUUUCAAACUUAUGAGUUGUAUUCUAAUUUCCAAACAUCAUGGAAUGUUUUAGUUUCAAUCUUGUGGAUUAUAUUUAAUUUAUGAACAUCAUGUUUUAGUUGUUAUCUA